AUGCGCGCGCAGGAUGUUAUGAUUUUUUCCGAAUAUGUCAACGCGGAUAAGCUCUUUACCCCCCUUUGCGUUAUGGGCAAAUCUCAACGUGCUGCCGUUGGAGGGUCACCGGAUCCGGCAGUCUCUCCCGCAAGACGUUUUACCCGGGCAUCCGCACGUAACAGCCCCCUAGAGGCAACUCAUCCCGCAAGCAGGAAUCCAUCGCCCAUCUGCAAUCCCACAAAGAAAGUGACAAAACGGAAGGGAUCUCGGGUCUCGCCACUGCUCCAGCGACUCCGGUCCAUCACAUCAGAGUGGGAGAAAGAGCGCGAUGCUCGUGGUCAAAGCAUGAAGCCAACAUCUUCCACUCGAAGGGCAGUGCUUCAGGAUUCAGAGGGCCCUUUGGAGGAACAUGAUGAUAGGGAUGUUCCAUCACUUUUUGAUCCGACGGCACUGACACAGGAUGACGAUGAUACAAUCCCCCCCACACAAGCAGAUGACGAGACACUUCCGCCGACGCAGGACAUGGAGACUGCAGAGAGUGAUAUGCCACUCUUGGAUGAAGGGCCAGGCUCCGACCCCACUCUGAUGACAGGAACAGAGGCGGGCAAUAUGGCACCAUUGGACGAGAUGACAUCGCACGACGCUGGUUCGUCAAAGAAAAAGCAGGGGAGAGGGGCGGCACGAAUGCCGCGUGGAUGGGGAAAAGAUCACAGGAUGCUUGUAUUCACAUCGCCGGAUGGUAAAAGCAUCGUCGGACCCGACGUAAACGAGUACAAGACAGCCAUUGGGGUCAUUGCACGCAACGGAGCUCGACUUCCUCUACAUUACCCCACGUUCGCUGAGAUACCGGAGACGAAGAGACAGGGUGCAUGGAUGGAGGUUCAGAGUAACAGCGGAUUACCAGACUCAGCGGAGAAAGUGGUCUUGGCUGACCUAAGGGAAGUUUGGAGGCACUGGAAAUACAGCAUCAAAUCAACUUACUUCAAUCCGAUCGAGGACGAUGAAGAAGCACUGAAGAAGGUUCCCUCAAGCAGGAUUGUGCCCGAUCAGUGGCCGAAGUUGGUUGAGUAUUGGCGCGACGAGAAGGUGAAGCUUCAAUCCAAGAAAAAUGCGUCGAACGUAGCGAAAAGAAGCUUUCCACAUCGUACUGGGCGGAAGUCAUUCACGACUCUGGCAGAUGAGAUCAAGGCAAAGGGGAAGGACCCCGACAUCUGGAGAUUUGGAUUUCCAGUCGCACACAAGAAUGAGCUAAACAAGGUUCCCCCUGAAGGGCGGGAGACUCUGUACCGACGGGCCCUUGGGGGAAAGAUUAAGAAGCGGUCAAAGGUCGACAGUGCGGCAAGUUCAGCUCAUCCCCGCAGCGAGUCAACUGGUUUAACAGACAGUGUAGCAUUCCAGCAUGGGUGGGAACAACUACAGAAUGGAAUGGAGGAGCUGAAGGCAAUGAUGGAUGAGUUCAAAACCAUCAAGGCUGAUGUGUAUGCAUUCAUGCACAGAAACUCCGGAGCGGUUACUGGCCAGGCAGGCACAUCUCGUAUUGAUUCAGUCCCUGAGAUUCCCAGGCCUGUGUCCGAGCCAAGCAUGACGGUCGGCACACAUGUGCUUCUAUUAUCCCGCACCGGUGAGAAAAAAGUUGUUGCAGAGGGACUUCUGCUCUGCCCCCCUGGGCCAGGUGACACACUUUCCUUGGUCAAGGUCUUCGUGACAUCCGCGUCAGUCCCGGACACACCCCUUAUUUUGCCGACCAUUUCUGGGGCGACUACCCUUCGCGAUGUCGUCGGCGAAGAUCCUAUUGAGUGGAGCUACAAGGACCUCAUGCGCCGGGCUUGAAAUGUUGGUACCGAUACACCCAUGUUAAUUGCCCCGUUUGUCAUAUGGAUUGAAUGUCGAACCUGUCUUUGGAUGGAUUGUGUUGAGUUUUUGUUGAACUAUGUCUGGAAUUGAUGCGUAGACCUUUGUGGUUUGAAUUCGUAUGGUGAAAAAUGUGCCUAAUGGGAUUGAUGGAUAACCGUAUUUGCUUAUUGCGUUGUUUACUUGUGUUUGAACUGUUAAGCACGUUUUGCGGAACAGGUUGUUGAUGUGUAGAUACUAGUAGGCUUGUUCUAUGGGUUGCUUUACUUUGUUGGUAGGUAUGGAAUUCAGAUUUUAAUA